GACCUUGUGGACGUGGGGACGACUGAGGAGUGCUCGCGCGCCCCACCGGGCCCGCAACACCAUUUCUUAUAAAACCCACUGGCGACUAUGAAAUGUAUGUCAGUCACGCACAACUAUCUAACAUAAAAAAAUGUUCGCAAAAAUCUUGGCACUCGGUGCGGUGGCGGCGGUGGCGCAGGCUGGCAUAGUGGGACACGGCCACGGAUACUCUGUAUCGUCACAGCAUAAUGUAGUGCACCACGAUACGCACUACGCAGCCCCCGUAGCUCAUGCUGCCCCCAUCGUUCACUAUGCUCCUGUUGAACACUCCGCUUCAGUAUACGCCGCUGCUCCCAUUGCUCAUGCUGGGUACUCCAGCCAUGGACACGAAGACUACUACUCUCAUCCCAAAUACCAAUACUCGUACUCCGUGGAAGAUCCUCACACCGGAGACCACAAGUCCCAACACGAGUCCCGUGACGGUGACGUUGUGAAGGGCGAAUACUCUUUACUCCAGCCUGAUGGUACCUUCCGCAAAGUCUCCUACUCCGCUGACGACCACAAUGGCUUCAACGCGGUUGUACACAACUCUGGGCCCAGCCACCACUUCAAAAUGUUCACUAAAGUGUUCACCCUCGGCGCCAUCUUGGCUACCGUAAACGCUGGCUUACUACCAGCGCAUCACGCUGCGGUCUCCUCGCAAAGCAUUGUCCGCCACGAUGCUCCAGUGCAUUAUGCCGCCCCGGCACACUACGCUGCACCUUUCGUCCACGCCGCCCCUGUAGUUCAUGCUGCCCCCGUUGUUCACGCUGCCCCCGUUGUUCACGCUGCCGCUUAUGCUCAUGGUCAUGAAUACGCACACCCCAAAUACGACUAUGCUUACUCCGUAGCCGACCCCCAUACUGGUGACCACAAGAGCCAACAUGAGAGCCGUGACGGUGGUGCUGUACAUGGUAGCUACUCCCUGGUCGAGCCUGACGGUUCAGUCCGCAAAGUAGAAUACACCGCCGAUGACCACCACGGCUUCAACGCUGUAGUCCACAAGACUCCCGGACAUCACCCCGCCCCCGUCGUUCACGCCGCCCCCGUCGUCCACGCCGCCCCCGUCGUUCAUGCUGCCCCAUUUGCUUACGGUCAUGGGCAUCAUGGUUACUUCGGGCAUUAUUAAACAACGACUAGCUUAUAAUGUGUUCAUUUGAUGAUGGAUGACUGAUGAUUGUGAUAUUUAUAUGUAAAUAAUGAUGAUGAUGAAUAUGAUUUUAUACUCGACUGUAAAUAUACUCAGCUGCUGAAAA